ACCCUAAAACCAGACUGACUUUUUAAUGGAAGGAGCAGCCUUUGGCUAAAAAGCCCAUUUUCGUCGCUUAAUCUCUGCAGAAAACCAUAUCACUCUGAAGGUUGCAGGCUGUAUUUAAAUGGAAAUGGAGAGUUCAAUCAAUAUGAAAAGCUCUGGUGAUGUUAAUGGCUCUGAGGAUUCACAUUCUGUUGGAUCAAUAAACAAGUCAGUGAAACUUAGCAAUGGUGUUAAAGAGAAUGAGGAUCUGGGUCUUAACAUUGUCAAUGAUCUUGAUUCAUACUUGGAAGACAUCAAUGAUCGAUUAACCAUUUCGAGAAUGGUUAAUGAUGCUGUCAUUAGGGGCAUGGUGAAUGCAGUUGAGCAAGAGGUAGCCGAUAAGAUUGCUCAGAACGAAUUGGAGCUUACAAAAUUGAGGGAAACAAUGCAGCUUUACCAUGUUGGUUCUGAUGAAAACGAAUCCUUGUUGUCUUAUGAAUCAAAAUAUGAAUCUUUGUGGAAGGAGAUUUCAAGUUUGCGUCAGGAACUGGAUGCCAUUUCGAAAUAUCUGUCCAAUCAUGAACACUUGUCAAGGGAAGAGUUGGUGAGUUAUUUUAAGAAUGAGAUGGCAAAAAUGAAGAGAAACCAUGACUACAAAGUACAAGAGAUGACUGAAGACUAUUAUAGCCUCAGGAGGGAAUUCUUGAAUUUGAAGGAAAGGGGUCCUUCUUUACCAUUGAGGAAGGAUAAGGAUUUUGAUAUCUUGAGAAAAAAGAUCCCUGAAGUCAUCUUGAAGUUGGACAACAUUCUUGUCCCAAAUGAAAAAUUACCUGCGUUCGGUAAUAAUGCUGAUGGUAUUGACUGCUUGAGGGACAGAUUGGAAUCUCUUCUUUUAGAAAACCGCCAACUGAGAGACUUACUUGCUGACAAGGAGGGAGAAGUUAAUCACCUCUCUCCACAGGUUUCUGAUGCAGUGGAGAAGUCACAGCAAUCUUUAACUGAGGCAGACUUGCUGAAGAGGAUUGAAAAUCUUGAAUGUGCUGUUGAAGAGGCUAGUCUUCAAGCAUCAGUCAACGAAGAUGUAUAUAAAUGCCUUCUAAAGGAAGUGACGGGACAGAUUGAAUGCAUCAGUGAAGUGACCAGUGUGGAGCAUGAUAUCAUGAAAGAAAUCUACUACAUUGUAUUCAGAGAUGCUGCAUGCAAUGCUGUGCUUUGCAUGAAAUGUGAACUUGAAGAUUCAGAUUUGGCAUCUAUUGUUGAAGAAGAGGUGUAUGCAAUCAUGUUCAAAGAAGCUAGGAAGAAACUUGGUGACCUAAACAUGAAAGAAAGAGCACUGAAAUUAGAAAAUGAAAAAUUAAAGCAAGAUAUCCUAAUUCUGGAAACAUCUCUUGAUGGAAAAGAGAAGUUACUGCAGGAAACAGCUGGUGAUUUGGAAAAGGAGAAGAAUCAAUUUGAGUUGGUUUCUAGAGAACUUCAUGAGUUAAGGUCUCAGAUAAAGCAGCAACAAAUAUUAAUUUCAGAGUGCAAUGAAGAAUCAAAUUCUAUGAAGUCUGAUUUGCUUGAGGCAUUGGAGCAAAUUGAAUGUGAUGAGGUGCAGGUUAAUGAGCUUCUUGCUAUUACCCAGGAUCAGAAGAAUUCUUUGUCAUUGAUUGCAACAAGGGAAAGGGAAAACAGAAAGCAAAUGGAAUCUGUAAUCACUCUUGUUCAUGGUCUGUCAAAGGCAAUUUCUGAUGUUGAAUAUAGGAUGGCAGGGGAUUUUGAAAGGAGUAAUUUCAGGUUAGAAAAUUUGGGAACCCAAUUAAGUUCUCUUAACCAGAAAGCUAAAAAUUUUAAGAUAUUGGAAUUACAGUAUAAGAAGAAGCUCGAAAAGAGGUGCUGUGACCUUCAAAAGGCUGAAGCUGAGGUUGAUCUCUUAGGUGAUGAAGUGGAUGUGCUUUUAAGCCUUCUUGAGAAGAUUUACAUAGCUCUUGAUCAUUAUUCACCAAUAUUGCGACAUUAUCCUGGAAUCAUUGAGAUUUUGAAGCUGGUUAGGAGGGAAUUGAGUGGAGAAUCUAUUAAAACAGUUUGAUCUGCUUGUUCAGUUGGUAAGCUUCGAAAGUGGGAAGUCUUUUACUACUCCUCUGUAGGGGAUGAAGAAAAAUGCACUGAAAACGUGAUGAAAUUUUGUUGAUUAGAUCUCAAUUUGAUAAAAUAUAUAUAUUUAAUUAUCAUAGAUAUGCAGCUGUCUUUUCUUUUUAGUUUGGAUUUCUCUCAACCUAUCCACAAUUUCAAUUUUGUAAACAGAUGGAUGGCAUGCAUGAUUUCUCUUUUUGACGCCUGCCUUCUAUAUCUCAUAUGGUAUAACCGCAUUGUGGUGAGAGAUCAUGGCCAUGCAGUUUUGUUUAUGCUAAAACAGAGAAAAUUCCAGUUUAUCAGCACCAAAGAGAAAAACAGAAAAAAAAAAAAUUAAUAAUAAUAAUACUGUAUAGUUGGAGAUCUGGAGAGAUGCAAAAUUGUUGUAAUGGUUUUGUCUAGGCGGGUUCAUGGAGCAUGGGACAGGAACGACUCAAAUUAUUUUGCCUUGUUCCAGGGUUAGCCUUCAUAGUUAUGAGUUUCUAUAUUUUAUGGUAUAGAUGUAUACUUGUACGGUGUUUGAGCCAAAAGGUUCAUUUCUGUUCUUGGUGGACUACGGUACUUGUGAUAUAUUUCCCAACAUUUUUGUUUUAUGCGUCACGGUUAAUUUUAGUUUGGUUUAGCUGUCAAAAUUUCAUAUG